UGUCUGCAGGGCUUAACCCCUCGCGUGCUGCCUGCAGACGGCGCGGGAGGGAGCGCCCGGGGGCUAUGGAAACGGUGGGAUCAAUAACAUACCCAGGCUUUCCAGAGGAAGCUGAAAGCAAUGACCCGUUUCCUGUGGAGGAGGAUCCUGACAACCCAAGGUUCCCCGUUGCUGAGCCACACUUCUGGAUGGAACCAGGGGAUGUGCUGCCAUUGCCGGACACAGGAGAGAGGCAGGAGCUGACAGUGGUCAAAGCAGCAGGCUGUGACUCAGCAAGUGAGGAGGAAGAAGAGGAGGAAGCGAUGGAGGAACUUGAGGAUGAAGAGGCCACUUGCCCAGAGAGCUGUGAUUGGUCCCAUGUGGUGUCAGAGGAGAAGAAUUCUGGAUUUGUUGCACCGCGGGGAUCAGACCCUCGUCCAUUCUGCUGUUCAGAGUGCGGUAAGAGGUUUGCCCAGAGCUCAAACCUGGUGAAACAUCAGCGGAUUCACACAGGGGAGCGCCCAUUCCGGUGCCCAGAAUGUGGCCGUGGAUUCAGCUGGAGCUCCUCGCUAGCGGAACAUCUCAAGGCACAUGGUGGGCGCCGACCCCACGCAUGCGGUGAGUGUGGGAAACGUUUUGCCCGUGGCUCUACACUGGCUGAGCAUCAGCGGGUUCACACGGGUGAGAAGCCCUUCCGGUGCCACCAGUGCGGGGCCCGUUUUUCACAGAGCUCUACUCUGGCGCACCACUUGCGCACACACUCGGGUGAACGCCCCCAUGCCUGCCCUGAUUGUGGGAAGCGCUUUGGACGCAAAUCCACUCUCGUCACGCACCGGCGGACUCACACUGGUGAGAAACCUUACUGCUGCAGAGAGUGUGGCCGCUGUUUUGGUGUCAGCUCGGACCUCGCUAAGCAUGUGCGCAAUCACCGUGCUAAUGGGAGCAGCUGGGGGAACGCUGUGGCAAAAUUGCACCCCUUAGUUCCACUUUCAGCUGCACAGCAGAGUAUCCAAGAAGUUGCAAAACUGUCCCCUGAGGGCCUGGAACAAGCUGGGCAACAUCACGAUCAUGCAGAUGGGGAGGAAGAGAAAAAAUAUACAUGCCCUGAGUGCGGAGAGGAUUUCAGCCAGAGUUCUGCUUUCACUGCCCAUCAGAGGGCCCAUUUGAUUGACAGCUCCAACAACUGCCAUCAAUGCAAAGAAACCUUCCCUGACCAAUCAAAAUUGAAGUCCCAUAUGACAAGUCAUGCAGAAGAGAAGCCAUACAAAUGUCCAGCCUGUUACUCUUGUUUCUCUGAAAGCUCUGCUCUUAAGAUACACCAGCAAGUACAUUGUGGGGAGGUAUCCCAUUACUGCCACCAAUGUGGAGAGAACUUCCCCAGUAGCUACGACUUGGAACAACAUCAAAGCAUCCACAGUGGCCGGGAGAAGCCCUUGGAGAGUAGAACCUCCUUUGCUGAGACCGCUGCUGUAGUUACACUCCAGAGUAUCUCCCUGGGUGAGGAUUCUUAUGACCAUCUCCAGGGUGGGGAAGCAUUUCCUGAGAGUGAAAAACUGGCACUUCACCAGGUGAGCCACCUUGUCAAGGCAGACAAGGAAGAGAAGCCUUACAGAUGCUCCAUUUGCAGUGCUUGUUUCCCUGGGAGCGCUGAUCUCGUGACGCACAAGCUGAGCCACACAGCAGAAGAAAGAUCCUGCCAGGGUGGUGCUAUGUUUCCUAAUAACUCAGAGCUUGUGGUUCACCCAGCAGAAGCCACCUUGGACAAGCCGUACUUGUGCACAGCCUGUGGCAAGUCCUUUGCCCUCUUUGCCACACUGGCGGCACAUGAGCGGAUCCACAUGUCUGACGAUGCUGCUUACCGUUGCCCAACAUGUGGUGAACGCUUUCCUGACAGCAACAAGCUAGGGAGGCACCAAAGGCGCCAUUUGGGUGAAGAUAGGCCUUUUCGGUGUCCGGCUUGUGGUAAGGGCUUUGUGUUGCUCUCAGGGCUGCGGCAGCACCAAAGGGACCCUCCAGCCCGGUGCCCUCAGUGUGGUGAGACCUUUGUGUGGCGUUGCCGGCUUACUGAACACCGACGCAACUGCCAUCCAGCAGAACGCCCCUAUAAAUGCCCUGAGUGCGGCAAGGGCUUUGCACAGAGUUCAAAGCUCCUGCGGCAUCAGGUGACACAUACUGGUGAGAAGCCAUUUAAGUGCCCUGAAUGUGGCAAAAUUUUCAGCCAGAGUUCCAACCUGGCAGAACACCGGCGCACACAUGCACCCGGUAAGGCCCACCGCUGCUCCAUCUGCGGCAAGGCUUUUGCCCUGGGUUCCUACUUAGCAAAGCAUCAAGCCACCCACACAGGGGCCCGCCCUUUCCGGUGUACUGAAUGCGGCAAGGGCUUCCGGCAAAGCUCCAACCUCAUUCAGCACCAACGUACACACACAGGUGAGAGACCCUAUGUUUGUGCCUCCUGUGGCAAAUCCUUCACCCAGAACUCACAUCUGGUCAAGCACCGACGUGUUCACACAGCCGAAAGGCCUUACCGCUGCCCAGUCUGUGGCAAGAGCUUUCGGCAGCGUGGUAACCUGGCUGAACAUCAGCACCAGCAUGCAGGCACCCGUCCGUAUGUCUGUGGUGCUUGCGGGAAAUCCUUCCGGUGGAGCUCAGCUUUCUCCAAACACCAGCGCACACACCUUGCUCCCUGAUCUGUGAUUUCUGAACUCUGACCCUGGGGGGGGGCAGGAAGGAGAAAGUUCCUUCAAUGAAUUUGGCCUUUUUCAAACACCAAAAAGCUCUCUUUCCUCAAUCCCAAUUGUGUUUGGCCAAACAAGAAAUCCUGGCCCCAUCUGAGCACUGGCUGAUCCAUCUCUAUCUUUUCCCUGACCUUACACUGAAGAGAAAACUCUUCCAAUGAAACUCAGUGUUCUUUAAACACCAGCGGACUUGAGUUGUAGCCUGUCAAAAUUGUUGCCUCCUGGCUCUAAAUCUGACCCUUCAACCCAAUCCUGGUGGUGAUUUCUUGCACUUUGUCCCCGAAGCCUGAUGAAAUUGGUUUUGUAGUUCUCAUUACCAUUGGCAUAUCCACCAUGUAAGACCUUUUCAAAACUGUUGGCUUGUAGUCUCUUAAUUCCGUAUCUGCUGCCCUUCCUCCAAAUUCUCCCCUCUUCUAGACCUUACAAGCCUCAUCGGUAUCUGUCUAGCUCCCGGAACUCUUCCUGAAUCACCUCAGAUCAUUGAUCUAAAUUUCAAUGACUUUCAAAGCCUUAUACCCUGAAAAUCUUGUUGGUCUUUAAAGUGCCACUGGACUCAAAUUCUGCUGUUCUACCGCAGACCAACAGUUCUACCUACCUGAAACUAAAUUGCAAUAGGCUCCAGUGAGAUCCAGGUCAAAUAACCUGAUGAGAAGCCUAAACGAGGCCCCCUUCCUGUUGUUUUUGAGCCUGAAGACCUAACCAACAUGCAGUCACCGUUGUUCCCCAGACAAAAAAGGGACUUGCGGGAGGUGUGAUGGAAAUGGAAGUUGCCAACAUUCAUGGAAGUUAGAUGCAGAGGUCUUCAAUCCUGAGUGGGCACCUAGCAACCAUUCAGAGGUGGUACACUACCCUAUCAAAUACACCUCCAAUCCUUGGGAGCAGUUUUGAAAGUGAGGUGUGCUCAGAAAAUUGGAAAGUCUAUGUAUUUAUCAAACACAUUUCUAUCAUGCUCCUUCAGGGAUCGUGGGAGAGUACUUUGUUGUCUCAUUGAAUGGGAUGGUGAGGUGUGUUGGCUGCCCAGUACUAUUUGUAACUCGGUCAUUCUUUGAUCCUAGGGCAGCAUUGACAUAAGUGGAAGCCAACAGGUGCUCUUCUGCGUACAUGCACACGGUCUUGGUUUGUUGUCAGGCUUGUGCAUGCUCCUUCAGUGUUGUGUGAAUGCAGGCACAUGGGCUAGCUGGAGUUAGUUUCCUCCCUAGAAACCAAGUAGGGGUCAAACCUUGGUUUAAAUUCCCAAAUUUCUGGGGGUGGGAGGCCUCUAUUUCUUAUUCACCCAUGUGGGAGCAUCUCUGUGUUAUGCAUAACUGGAGUUAGUUUCUAACUGGGAUUCUCUAGAUGAGAAGGGAGGUGUGAGGCACACAGGGUCCUGACAAUAAGCUGGAUUCAUGGAGAGUUCGGCUUAAGUGACUAGACCUCGGCUGCCUUGGUUCAGGUCCCCCCCCCUCCCCAAAUUCUUGUUCCUGCCUGGCAUCCCUUCAUCCACAUAGACCAGCCAUCUCUUCCGUUUCAUGGCACUCACCCAUUAGAGCUCUUUCCUAGCAUUUUCUGUUGGCAUUUGGGAUUGUUAAUUUGGGGUCAAGGAGGUAUUGUCUAAGCCACAAAGGGAGAGGAAUAGAAAAAGAAAAUGUGAGCAGGGAAUAGUGAACUGUUUAAUAUA